GUGGUGCUCUUGACCAGGACAGGAGCACUGGACAGACGGUGUCCCGCAUCUCCACUCACACAGCAACGGACAAAAGUGGAGUCUGGCCCUCGCCUCCUCGGUCUCAGUCCUGACACACACACACACACACUGUGAUCUGACGGAAAGUUAAGAAAGUGUGUUUUUUCUUUGUUUUAAAAAUUAAAAAGUGGUUAAUAGAAGGAUCUAGAGGGAAUCCCUUUGAAGAUGACGGCUGUCGAGACGCAAGUGCAGUACAACACCACGUACACGGUGACCACGGAAGAUUACAUGAUUCAGGAGGAGGACUGGGACAGGGACCUGCUGCUCGACCCUGCCUGGGAGAAACAGCAGAGGAAGACCUUCACAGCCUGGUGUAACUCUCACCUGCGGAAAGCUGGCACUCAGAUCGAGAAUAUCGAAGAGGACUUCAGAAAUGGCCUCAAGCUCAUGCUGCUGCUCGAGGUCAUCUCAGGUGAAAGAUUGCCCAAACCCGACAAGGGCAAGAUGCGGUUCCACAAAAUCGCCAACGUGAACAAGGCUCUGGACUUCAUCUGCAGCAAAGGAGUCAAACUGGUAUCUAUUGGAGCUGAAGAGAUUGUUGAUGGUAAUGUGAAAAUGACUUUGGGAAUGAUCUGGACCAUCAUCCUCCGUUUUGCUAUCCAGGACAUCUCAGUGGAAGAGACCUCUGCUAAAGAGGGCCUGUUGCUGUGGUGCCAGAGGAAGACUGCCCCCUACAGGAACGUUAAUGUACAGAACUUCCACAUCAGCUGGAAGGAUGGCCUCGCUCUGUGCGCCCUCAUCCACAGGCACAGACCUGACCUGAUCGACUACUCCAAACUGAGAAAGGACGACCCCAUUGGAAACUUGAACACAGCGUUCGAGGUGGCUGAGAAAUUCUUGGACAUCCCCAAAAUGUUGGACGCUGAAGAUAUUGUGAACACUCCUAAGCCUGAUGAGAAAGCCAUCAUGACCUACGUAUCCUGCUUCUAUCACGCCUUCGCCGGGGCUGAGCAGGCUGAAACUGCCGCUAACAGGAUUUGUAAAGUUCUGGCAGUGAACCAGGAGAAUGAGAGGCUGAUGGAGGAGUAUGAGAAACUGGCCAGUGAGUUGUUGGAGUGGAUCCGCAGGACGAUCCCAUGGCUGGAAAACCGUGUUGCGGAGCAGACCAUGCGUGCCAUGCAGCAAAAGCUGGAGGACUUCAGAGAUUACCGCCGUGUGCACAAGCCACCACGCGUGCAGGAAAAAUGCCAGCUGGAAAUCAACUUCAACACCCUGCAGACCAAACUGAGGCUCAGCAACAGACCCGCCUUCAUGCCCUCUGAAGGAAAGAUGGUUUCGGACAUUGCGAAUGCAUGGAAAGGCUUAGAGCAGGUUGAGAAGGGCUACGAGGAAUGGCUGCUGACCGAGAUCCGCCGUCUGGAGAGACUGGACCACCUGGCUGAGAAGUUCAAGCAGAAGUGCAAUCUGCAUGAGUCCUGGACCGCAGGAAAGGAAGAACUGCUGUCUCAGAAGGACUACGAAUCUGCAUCUCUGAUGGAGAUCAGGGCUCUUAUGAGGAAGCACGAGGCGUUCGAGAGUGACCUCGCCGCCCACCAGGACAGAGUGGAGCAGAUCGCCGCUAUCGCCCAGGAGCUCAAUGAACUGGAUUAUCACGAUGCCGCCACUGUGAACGCUCGCUGCCAGGCCAUCUGUGACCAGUGGGACAACUUGGGCACUCUGACCCAGAAGAGGAGAGAUGCUCUGGAGCGUGUGGAGAAAUUGUGGGAAACUAUUGACCAGCUGUACUUGGAAUUUGCCAAGAGGGCAGCACCAUUUAACAACUGGAUGGAUGGAGCCAUGGAGGAUCUGCAGGACAUGUUCAUCGUACACAGCAUCGAGGAGAUCCAGAGUCUGAUCACAGCUCAUGACCAGUUUAAGGCCACUCUCCCAGAGGCAGACAAGGAGCGUGUGGCCAUCAUGGGUAUCAUGAAUGAGAUCAUGAAGAUCGCUCAGACCUACGGUAUCAAACUGUCUGGCAUCAAUCCAUACACCAACCUCAGCCCUCAGGACGUCACCAACAAGUGGGAGACUGUGAAGCAGCUGGUGCCGCUCAGAGACCAGAUGCUCCAGGAGGAAGUUGCCAGACAGCAGGCCAAUGAGAGGCUGAGGCGGCAGUUUGCUGCCCAGGCCAACAUCAUCGGACCCUGGAUUCAAACCAAGAUGGAGGAGAUCGGCCACGUGUCUGUGGACAUUGCCGGCUCUCUGGAGGAACAGAUGAACAACCUGAAGAAUUACGAGCAGAAUAUUAUUAAUUACAAAUCCAACAUCGACAAACUGGAGGGAGAUCACCAGCUUAUCCAGGAGGCGCUCAUCUUCGAUAACAAGCACACCAACUACACCAUGGAGCAUAUUCGUGUGGGCUGGGAGCAGCUCCUCACCACCAUCGCCCGCACCAUUAACGAGGUUGAGAACCAGAUCCUGACCCGUGAUGCCAAGGGCAUCAGCCAGGAGCAGCUCAAUGAGUUCAGAGCCUCCUUCAACCACUUUGACAGGAAGAGAAAUGGCAUGAUGGAUCCCGACGAUUUCCGCGCCUGUCUGAUCUCCAUGGGCUACGAUCUGGGUGAAGUGGAGUUUGCACGCAUCAUGACUCUGGUGGACCCCAACAACACGGGCGUGGUCACCUUCCAGGCUUUCAUCGACUUCAUGACCCGCGAGACAGCCGAGACGGACACAGCCGAACAAGUGAUGGCCUCCUUCAAGAUCCUGGCUUCCGACAAGGCCUACAUUACGGUGGAUGAGUUGCGCAGGGAGCUUCCCCCAGAGCAGGCCGAGUACUGCAUCAGCCGCAUGACCAAGUACAUCGGGCCAGACGUCCCUACAGGCGCUCUCGACUACAUCUCCUUCUCCAGUGCCCUCUAUGGCGAGAGCGACUUAUAAAUGUCCCUCUUUUCUUCUCUUCUGUCAUAUAUGUCAUUUUCUCUCUCUCUUUCUCUCUCCCUCUCUCUCUCUCUCUCAUUUUACUUCUGUCCUUACCCUCUUGUCACUCUUUCUCGCCCUAAAUUCAUGUUCUAAGAAAGAGAUAUCAAACCCCCUCACCUCCUUAACCCCCUCCCUUUCAAUUUUAUGUCCCCUGUGUGCAUAAAGAUUUAUUUCUCUCCUUUUCCCCCACCCGUGUCUCUCUUGCUCAUAAGGGGAACACGCGGAGCAGAAUCACCAGCUCUAAUGUAACGCCUACAGUCUUAAUAUUUUCUCCACGAUACACUGUACGUGUGCAUUCACGACUGGAGAUUUUACUAUGUGUACCCUCCUCUCCUUUUCUGUCUCUCUCUCUCUCUCUCUCUGUCUUCCUCCUCAACUCAUUUACGUGUGUGAGCUGUGAGCCUCCUCCCACGCCACCCCCCCCGAGCCCCAGAGCCCCGAGCUGACGGAAGAACGCAGGAGGACGCUUCGGUCUUCUGGAAUUGCACACUUAAUGUCUGAUCAGUUUCAGAUUCUGAAUGAAAAAUUCUUGAUCACCGUAAAUACAAUCCAAAUGAAGCAAUAAAGUCAUGUGACUUCAACAAAUCUUUAA